GCACCAAUUUAAUUAUAUAAGUAGUAGAUAAUGAUUUUUUAAUUAUUCAAUAUAUAUUUAUUAUUUCAUAAUAUGCUAUAAACAUAUAAUAUAUAAAAUAAUAUAUAUAUAUAUACUAUAUAUAUAUAUAUAUAAUGUUCAUCCCGCGCAGGACACGGAUCUUAACCUAGUAAGUUCAUUAUUCCCUUCUUGACUCAAUAAAACUCUUUUGAAAACAUUUGAUAAGGCUCACAAUAAAAUAGAUAUCAGUAAACAUCCCCCAGACUUAAAUCACAAUGUCCCAGUGUACAUCCAGUCGGAGUUAUGGUGAGAACAAAUCAUAAGUACACAAUUUAACAAGUUAGAACGAUAUACAUGACCGGGUUAAGUGUCGAUCGAUGGAAAGGAGUUACCAUCGGUCGCUGCAGGUGAUGUACCGUCGAUCGAUAUUGACAUGCUCUCAUCGGUCGAUUUUAUAAUCGUCUACUCGGAUUAUUUUUAUUUUUUUUUAUAUUUUUUUAAACUAAAUCCUAAAUAUUCUAAAACUAGAAAUGGGUUGCCUCCCAUUCAGCGCUUAUUUUAAGUAUAGAGAAUUGCCUUUCUUAAUAAUGACUUACAAGAAGUCGGUAUGGUCAACCUGAAGGCUUCAUAAUCGAAACGCAGAGGAAGACAUGGUCUACAAACUAAAGAAACCAAUUUAUGAACUGAAACAAACCUUGAGAAAUAUUAUUUAAAGUUUGCUGAAACCAUUACAAAAUUCGGUUUCAAAGAAAAUAUCAUAGAUCCAUUUGUAUACCUCAAGAUCAGUGGGAGUAAGUUCAUAUAUUUGGUUAUAUAUGUUGAUGAUAUCUUAUUAGCCAGUAGUGACCUUGGUCUAUUGAGACCAAGAAUUAUCUCUCUUAGGAAUUUGCAAUGGAAGAUAUGGACGAGACAACUUCUUUGAUUGGGAUUGAAAUUUUCUGUGACAUAUCAUUUAGUAAUUUAGGGUUGUCUCAGAAAGCAUAUUGAUAUAUGGUGUUUUUCACAUCAUUGUAUAGGUGUUUUUGUAUUGAUUCGAGUCCUUAAUCCGAGUCAGUCUAGUCCUUUUUGAUCUUUUACAGGUCUGGAGUUGGUAGAAGAAUGAAGAGAGCGUGCUUGAAGAGAAGCUGACCUUUUGGAGCAUUUUGCGGAGAACACUCAAGACGAACAGUCCCGAGACUGUUCUCAAGCAGAACAAGCAGACGGAGUGAUCCCGAGGUUGCUCCCGACAAAUAAGGAAGCUUCUAUUUUCGGGAAUUAAGGCCUUGUUGCCCUAAUUUCUUUUCUACCUAUUGGCGCCUCCAUAUAAAGACGCCACCUAUCCUAUUUUAUUUCUGACGCUAGUUUUUACGAGAGAACUAUUAGCUUUUGCGAUCUGCAACUUGUAAGGGAGAAGAAUCCAUUCUCUCAUAGAGAAGACCAUCUGAACCCUUGUUUACUACUCUUAUUAUUAUGCAGUUUCAUUCAGUAUCUAUGUCUUUGAUUGCUUGCAUCAUGAUUGAGUAGUGAUCUAGCUCGCCUAGGGUUUUUAGGGUGUUGAAAUAUGAGCUAAACAUAGAUAAGCUAUUCUUGAUUAUUCUUCAUCCAUACUAUUCUUAAGGUUUCCAUUAACCUGAUCACUUGAUGUUAGAUCCUAAGUUUAUCGCCUAGCUAACCGCUUAGGAGAAAGCUUGACAUGUAUUGGAUGAGCUUAGUAUCCCUAAUCAGCGAAAGUAUAUAUUAGGGUAGUAAGUGAACUGAUCGGACCUGUCCUCUAAGGCUUGCAGUCGUUUCUCAUCUCAACGACAGUUAGAUGAUGGGAUCGACCAGCAAAGAGAUCACCACUACGACAGUGGGGUGUUCCAGCUGAGUGAUCCGAGUUCUAGAAAGUACUGCACCGCGCUUGAAUAAUUGUUUGGCUCUCGCUCAACACCCAAUGAAAUACCCUAGGUUAGCUUCCUGCUAAAUUGAAUUAAUCUCUAGUUUACCUGUUUUCCGCGUCACCAAUUGAAUUGAAAACCAUUUUCUUCUUAGCUUGAUACUGAAAUUUAUAAGAGUAAAGUGUAGACUGGUCCUCUGGAUUGAAUCUAAAAGUACUAUAAUCACAACUGUUAACUUGGCAGUAGCGAAGAUUCUUAUUUAGUGUAUCAAGUUUUAGCGCCGUUGCGACGGGGACCAGAUUUUUUUACCUCUACUUUUCGGUUUCAUUUUAAGUCUAAGAUAUCUAACUCGCCUCUGUUUCUUGUUACAGCUAAUGAUCCAGGUGCAUGACCAGUAGACAUACUCGGAGCAACGCACAAGGACCAUUGCAUCAGCUCACCAACGAAGAACUAGCGAGAUUAGAACGUCAGAACCGUCAACUGCCUCGACCUACAAGCACCAACAUGGGUGAUCAUCAGGAUGAUCUUACUGCUGCAUUUGCACUCAUGCAACAACAGAUGCAGCAGAUGCCGCAAACUAUCCAAGCGAACGCUGCAAACCAACGGAAUGCACCGGAGGAAGUUGAUCAGAUUGGCCAAAGGAAUCUAUUGCGUAAUCUACCUGCUACGCGAUCCGCCAUCAACCCUCCACCUUGCACUAGACAAGACUUUGAGAUCAAGCCCGCCUUGAUAGGUCUGGUGCAGAGGAAGAUCUUCAACGGACUUCCUGCAGAAAUACCGAUGGACCACAUUGAAAACUUUGAGAAGAUGUGUGGGUUCACUAAGGCGAAUGGAGUACCACCAGAUUACAUCAAGUGUACCUUGUUCCCUUUCUCUCUCGAUGGGAAGGCUGCUCGCUGGCUAGAUUCCCUACCAACUGGAUCGCUCACCACAUGGGAACAAGUCAGAUCCGCUUUCUUGAGCCACUUCUACACAAAAUCAAAGACGGCAGCUCUGAGACAGAAGAUCGCCACCUUUAAACAGCUGGUAGAUGAGCCGUUCUGCGACGCAUGGGAGCGAUUCAACGUCUACCGCAGGGAGUGCCCACAUCACGGUUUCGAAGAAGAUUAUCUACUCGGAGUUUUCUACGAUGGAGUAGGUUGGGAGUACAUGAAUGCUUUAAACUCAGCCAGUAAUGGAGAUUUCAUGACCCAAUCCACUCAAGGCGCUUUCGCGUUAAUUGAGAACAUGGCCUCAAGCUCAGCUGACAGCAACCGAGAGACUGACCGCACCCAAAAGGUGAACAGCAUCGACAAUAACAAAAUAGAUGAGCUCUUCGCCAAGGUCGAUCAGCUGAUUAAGAGUAAUCAGAACCAUGUCUUCAUCAUGGAAGAGUCUCCUCAGGAUAAAGGAACCACAGACACUACAUCAGAAGCGGACCAGGCGACUGAGGACCACCAUGAGGUUAGCUAUGUGAAUGGGCAAGGAUGGCAGUUUAAGAACUAUCACCCGAACCCUAACGUGAGGAACAACCCCCACCUGUUCAACAACCCUAAACCCGAUGGUAACGCAGAAAAUGCUCAAGGCAAUCAGGUUCAGAACAGUGGCUACCAACGGGGGUAUGGAAAUCAAGGAAGAACCUUCGUACUCAGCCCAGAUCAGAAUACUCAGUUCCACAACCAGAAACAACCGACUAUCCAGCAGCCUGCACAGCCUGCUCAAACUGCUCCACAGGACGAGAUGAAGAGUCUCGCCAAUAUGAUGAGCCAGCUGCUCCAAGGACAGCAGAUUCAGGGAAAAGCACUGAAUCAGGUCACAAACGACAUCAAUAACCGAAUGAAUCACAUGGUCAAUGACCUGAGUGCCAAAUAUGAUAAUGUCUCGAGCCAUAUGAGGCAGAUGGAUAUUCAGAUUGCUCAGACUGCUGAUAGUGUGAAGAGACAGCCAGGCACUCUUCCUGGAAAAACAGAUAAAAAUCCCAAGGAUUGUAAUUGUGACACCCCCGAUCAUAGAUGACCGGAAAUGACACGGUCGAUGUUCCUCGAUGGUCGAUCUGAGGUUCUCAGAAUACUUCCGAUCGCCUUAGACCAACAAUCAAAGAACACCAACGCUCCUAUCGGAUACCACUCUAGGCUUUUCAACCCGAGAAAGCAAUACCUGAUAGUUAGUUCGUCCGGACAAGGACUAAUAUCAUAUGGAACCCGUA